UCAGACUUCUUUUAAAUGAAUUUGUUGAUAUGGACCUCUUUGCCUGUUCUGGUAACUUUGAAAUGAAAAUGUAGUCCAAUGUUAUACACACUGCACUCUAAGCAUGUACAGUCCAGAUAGACUGGCAAUUUUGUUGGUGGGCUUUGUUCCCUGAAAUUGGUGUAAUUGUUGCCAGCUUUUUAGUUAUCAUAAAGUUAAUUUUCCUUCAGGUUUUAUUUCCAAGACAUGGUACUUGCCUGGAACCUUCUUCACUAAAGACUGAUAGAUGACCUCUUAAAUGCAAGUUGCCCUAAAAAAACAUGAAAUCAUCUGUGUGAUUUUUUUUAUCGACAGUAAAAUGUACUUGUCUGUAAAAGUAUGUUUCCAAUGGCUGCCUUGUCCCGUAAGUCCCAGUAGAAAUGAGUUCCCAGUAGAAGGCUACUGAAUUUACCUUGUAUCUUGUAAACCGUUGAAAUCCGAACCAGAUGUUGCUCUUAGCCUGUAUGAAGGGGGAAAUUCUUCAGCUAAUUUUUAAUGAGUCCUCACUACUGCUAAUUUUGAUGGUGUACACAGAGCAAAGUUCACUUUUUCGGAUGGUAAUAUAUUUGAGAAUAAUAGUCCCUGGAAUAUUGUGGGUUCUAUAAUAAUUAAUUUUCCUUGUAUGCCAUGGUACUGCCAAUAACAGCAGCAAUUUAAAUGUAUACACAUAAGCUGGUUGUCGGAAGGUACUUGAGAUAACAAUGAUUAACCCCUAAAGCUUAUUGUUUCAAAAGUAAUCCCAGUCUAAUAUUUUCAAACAUAGAAUUUUAUUUUAAAACAAUUCUAAUACUUCAUUAAAUUUAUUGCUCUUCUGUAACUUUAUAAAAAUUAUGUUGCUUUCAUUGAGUCCUGUAGCAAUGAAUAACUUGCUAUCAAGCAGCCAAUAGAUAGAAAAAAAGCAUCUAUCUUGAUUUCCAUAGUUAUCUGACAUGUGCUAUGUCAAAUAAAGAAUUGAAUAGCAAGAGGUUGGAUCUAAAUUAGUAAUGGAGCUUGAACUCCAUAUUCAUAUUAAUAUUCAAAUUAAUAUUUUAAGCCUUUGGUUUUAAGGACCUGUUGUAAAAAUAACGAGUUUCUAUAGUUGUGGGCUUGUAAUUUUACUGUAAAUUUUCAGACUCAACUGUUGUAAUUUUCUUUUUGGUGAGACCUUCAAACCAUCAAUGAGUUCCACUAUGGGUUCAUCUUAUGUAUCUGUUUUAAAUUGUCCAUUUAAUUUGGGAAAGCUGCAAGGUAUUGGAAACAUACUUUGUCAGAGAUUUAAAAAUAAUUUGUUUUGUCUUGUGAUUUCUAGUUUCCUGUCUAACCUUGUUUUGCACUAUGACCCGUGUAUUACAGGAGAUGCCAGUCGGCAGAGAAUCAGAUUUACAGAUGAUCGGGUCUGCAAGAGCCAUCUCCUGAGCUGCUGCCCACAUGACAUUCUUUCUGGAACGCGAAUGGACCUCGGAGAGUGCACAAAGGUUCAUGACCUUGCAUUAAGAGCAGACUAUGAAAUUGCCUCCAAGUUGAAGGACCACUUUUUUGAAAUGGAUGCAAUGGAUCACUUGCAGUCAUUUAUCACAGACUGUGAUAGAAGAACAGAAAUUGCAAAGAAAAGGUUGGCAGAAACCCAAGAAGAGAUCAGUGCAGAGGUAGCAGCAAAGGCUGAGCGAGUUCAUGAACUAAAUGAGGAAAUUGGAAAGCUGCUAGCCAAGGCAGAGCAGUUGGGAGCUGAAGGAAAUGUUGAAGAAUCUCAGAAGGUCAUGGAAGAAGUAGAGAAGGCAAGAGCAAAGAAGAGGGAAGCUGAGGGGGACACCAUUGCUUCUCCUUCCUCCAGUGCAUUUUGGGAGGUUUAUCGGAAUUCCAUGCCGGCCUCCAGCUUCCAACAACAGAAAUUACGAGUUUGUGAAGUGUGCUCAGCAUACUUGGGUCUUCACGAUAAUGAUCGGCGCCUUGCAGACCACUUUGGUGGGAAGCUUCACCUCGGAUUCAUUGAAAUUAGAGAGAAAUUAGAAGAGUUACAGAAACUUGUUGCUGAGAAACAGGAAAAAAGGACACAAGAGCGUCUGAAAAGAAGGGAGGAGAGAGAAAAGGAGGAACGAAUGAAAAGAAGGACCCGGUCUCGCAGCAGGGAUCGCAGGAGAUCAAGAUCAAGGGAGCGUCGUCGACAUAGAUCCAGGUCUGCAUCCCAUGACCGACGCAAACGUUCCCGCUCCAGAUCUCGGGAUCGGCGUCGCCGACGCAGGUCUCGUUCCAGAAGUAGAAGCAGAAGCCGCAGUCACCACCGCAGCAGACAUAGCUCCAAGGACAGAGAGAGAGAUCGGAGCAGAGAAAAGAGCUCUAAAAGGAAGUCUAGAGAUCGAGACAGAUCCAGGGAUCGAGACAGGGAUAAAUCAAGGGAGAAAGAUCGUAAGGAUAAAAGGCGUUCCUACGAAAGUGCAAAUGGCAAAUCAGAACACAGCUCUGAGGAGCGUGAAGCAGGAGAAAUCUAAAGGACAAAAUCUUUUUUUGGAAUCAGGGCAGUGGAUGUCUUAUUGUUUAACUUGACUAGGGGAGCUCUUGUUUUGGUUUUGGACUUAUAGAAACAAAAAUUCCAGCAUAUAGGUAACCGAUAACUUAAAUAUUAGAUAGUUGAAGAUGUUGACAUUUUUGUCAGUUUAACCAGCUGAUUUUGAAGGCAGCAGCUGGAGGUGCCUAGAAUGUACUACGUGUGCAUGCACUAGUGCUGUUAUGCCACUGACAUUAGGGUUCCUCCUUUCAUUUGCACAAGGGUGCUAUUUUACUUUGAAUAUUGAGUUAUUUGUUAGGUUGCAUUUUUUUUAAAUGUGGAAUCUCAAAUCCAUAACAAAUUUUAUUAGAAACAGAGUAAGAGUGUAUCUGGUCCUUUGGAGCAGUAACUGUUGUUACUGUAGACUCUGUUGGCUUCUGCACCCACCCCUCCCAGCUCCAUCGUCCCAUACAAGUAAUGGUACAUGCUGUUUUCAUUAAAACUGCAACAGUCAUCUUUUUCACAGUCAAAAUAAAUUUGAUUAGCAUCUUUUUGCUAGUGAUUCAGAACCUAUUGGAUCUUUUUUCCACCAGUAGGAAAAGUUACUUGUCUUGCAUCCAAAGAAGCUCCUUUCUCCUACACACCAUUUCCCUCAAAGUUAACACUUUAUUCAUAUUUAAUUUUGCUUUCAACAAACCUAGAUUUUUUUUCUCAUCCUGUUACAUCCAUAGAUACUUCUAUGACUUGAGUACUUUUUUUUCCCUCUUAAUCAUCCUGAAAGGUGGAACAGUGCACUGCCUGUUGGGAUUUAUCAGGAAAAAUGCAACUGCUACAAAUAAAGCUGAAUAUUUCAUCUCUUGAUUUCCAAUCCCAUCUCCACACGAGAUCUAUUUUUAAAAAUCUGUAAUUUAGGCGCAUGUUUCUCUUUAAGUGCCCUGUAAGGUGUGGAAAUGCACUGAAGCUAUUUUUUUUUGGCAGUGGAUGGAGGGGAAAGCUCUAAAUUUCUGAGUUUGUAAUCUUUCCUUACGUGUACUUUUUAAUAUAAUUAAGAAGUGUUGGUUUUAUUCUUGCAGUUGAAGUAGAAGUUCAGGAAGGAAUGGUCCACUAUUGGAGUUGAUAAGUUAUGUGAUUUCAGUAGCUUUUCAGGAUUCUGCAUGCUAAGUACAUGCUAAAAUUCCCCCAAGAAGACCUUUCUGGCUUUGUGUGCAUGUAAUUCUCAUUAACCUUAGCAUGUCUUCACAAUACCUCUGAAACACAAUGAACAUAACUAAUUUUGGAUUGUUACUUGUGAACUUUUUGAGUGAAAUCAUGCCCAUAAAAUAGUUUUUAGUGUUUAUUAUUCACAAAAAGAGAUUGUGUACUCAACACAGGAUUUUCCAGUCAUUAAAAUGAUACAAAAUACUUAGCUGGAUUUAACGGAACCCUUUGUGUUUUCCACACACUUGUGGCAUAAAUGGCACACUCCAUGCAGCUCAGGGUGUUGUCUCCAGUGGGCACUGGGGUGUCAAGAGUCCUACAGUAUACCAAUGUAUUCCAUGAUGGCUAUUUUGCUUGUUUUGUUGGUCAUUUGUGGUUAUCCCACAAUUGAUGUGUUUUGUUUUAAAGAGAUGGUCUGGUUUAACUUAAACCAACUUCUGUGCUAUAAGAAUAACUCGGUGUAAUGUUUGUUGCUAUCCACAGUGGCACUGUAUUUCUGCACCAGAUACUUCAGUUGCUGGACGCCACUGCUGCCCCUGCCCUCCCCUUCUCCGUCCUGCCACCCCUACCAACAUUCAUUUCAUUCUCCAUGGUCAUUUGAUCAGUCAGAUUCCUGAGUUUGAGACAAAAAUAACAAGGUUUUAUUUUAUUCCCCUGUAUCUUUUUUCCCUCAUGACUUGUCUAUACUUGUAUUGUUAAUUGAAAACAAUUGAAAUAAAUUUUUUCAAAACCAUUUAAUAAGAUUUAUAAACAAUUUAAGUUUUUUUUUCUGUAUUGUAUGAAAUUGUCAUGAAUACUUGUUUGCUACUUUGCAAUUAAAACGAACCAAUAUAAAGUCUUCCUCUGCUUGCUUGGCAAGUCUGUUGGAACAUGUGGCGGUGUGUGCCUUGUUCCCAUUCCAUGCAAAAGAGGGGGCAGUCAAGCAUUCAACUUCUCAUUUACAUGAUUAUGCAAUUUCUUGCAGAGUCAGGAGUGCCUCUGCCGCUGCAUUGGUGAUGUUUUAGUGUGAAGGUGAACUUGAAAUGGUUCACUUAUUAUGUUGUGAUCAAUGUAAACUACAUUUAAAUUAAAAUGAUGAAUAAUC